AUGUCUUCAAAAGAAACUAUUUAUGAUGCAUUCAAAAAACCGAAAAAUUUAAUAUCACCACCAAUAUCAGAAUGGGAAUUUGGCGUAGGAAAUAUUCCAGCACCAUAUCCUUAUUCAUUUAAGCCUGAAGAUUUUUUUGAUAGAUGA